GCCAAAACGAGCGGCGCUCUGGCGGAGGAGGGCGACCCGGCUGAGCCCAGCGCGGCGCUGGAAGCUCCCCUCGCACAGGAGGACACAAAGUCCUCCCGGCCUGCCGUGCGGGACGUCUCUGAAGAGCUGAGCAGGCAGCUUGAGGACAUCUUGAACACGUACUGCGUGGAUGCCAGCCAGGAGGGUCCGGGCGAGGACGGCGGGCAGAGUGAGCCUGUGGAGCCAGAGGAAGUGGAGAAGUGUCGCAGUGAGUCCCCGAGGAACGGAGAUCAGGAGUCAGGCAGCCCUGAGAUGAAUGGGGAGAAGGAAGGCACGAAGGGGACUGAAGAGUUUCGACCUGGAGAAGAGUGUGGGGAGCGGGAUCAGAAGAAGGCUCAGGAAAAGAAGAAAGCCAAGGGCCUAGGCAAAGAAAUCACUUUGUUGAUGCAGACUCUGAACACCCUGAGCACGCCAGAGGAGAAACUGGCAGCACUGUGCAAGAAAUACGCUGAGCUGCUGGAAGAGCACCGUAACUCCCAGAAACAGAUGAAGAUUUUGCAGAAGAAGCAGACACAGCUGGUGCAAGAGAAGGACCACCUGCAGAGUGAGCAUAGCAAGGCCAUCCUGGCCCGCAGCAAGCUGGAGAGCCUGUGCCGUGAGCUCCAGAGACACAACCGCACCCUCAAGGAGGAGGGUGUCCAGCGAGCACGAGAGGAAGAGGAGAAACGGAAGGAGGUGACAUCCCACUUCCAGGUGACACUGAAUGACAUCCAACUCCAGAUGGAGCAGCACAACGAGAGGAACUCCAAGCUGCGCCAGGAGAACAUGGAGCUGGCAGAGCGGCUCAAGAAGCUCAUUGAGCAGUAUGAGCUGCGGGAGGAGCACAUUGAUAAGGUGUUCAAACACAAGGACCUGCAGCAGCAGCUCGUGGAUGCCAAACUGCAGCAGGCACAGGAAAUGCUGAAGGAAGCAGAGGAGAGACAUCAACGGGAAAAGGACUUUCUGCUGAAGGAAGCUGUGGAAUCACAGAGGAUGUGUGAGCUGAUGAAGCAGCAGGAGACUCAUCUCAAGCAGCAGCUGGCUCUCUACACAGAGAAGUUUGAAGAAUUCCAGAACACCCUUUCCAAAAGCAGUGAAGUGUUCACAACAUUUAAGCAGGAAAUGGAGAAGAUGACAAAGAAAAUAAAGAAGCUGGAGAAGGAGACCACAAUGUACCGUUCUCGCUGGGAGAGCAGCAACAAGGCUCUCUUGGAAAUGGCUGAAGAGAAAACCCUUCGGGAUAAAGAGCUCGAGGGGCUUCAGGUGAAAAUCCAGCGCUUGGAGAAACUGUGCCGAGCCCUGCAAACAGAGCGCAACGACCUCAACAAGAAGGUGCAGGACCUGUGUGCCCACACACCCCGGGCUGACGUGGACCUGACAGAGCCUCUGAAGGACCCAUCCCGGGAGAGCUCCGAGGCAGGAGCCGGAGGUGCCCCAGCAGAGCAGCGUCUGGCUGAGGAUUGCCUUCACUCGGGAAAGCCGACGCACAGCACAGAUCCUGCAGAAAGCCUCGGAGAACUGAGCAUAGGAGCCUUGGGGCAGAGUGGGACUGAGGAAGGCUCUCAGGGUGCUGACUGAGCCUGCUAUGCGGUAGGCGGAAGUAGGGUGAGGGAGGUAGCAUGAAUGUUUCCAGGCUCCAUCUGAAGCCCUUCUCCUGGUCCUUGGACAGGUGCAAGAGGACGGCCCUCCUUGGGCUAUGAAAUUUCCUAGCUUAGGCUUUUGGAGGGUAUUAACACUUCAUAUAUAUAUAUAUACACACAUAGAUGAUGUGUGUGUGUAUAUAUAUAUAUGAUAUAUAGAAUAUGUGCAGGGCAACAUACACUUUAUAUAUGAAUAUAUAUGAAAUCUAGAAUGACCCACCUCCCUGCGUGUGUGUGAAUAACUAAUAUAUGGAGACUCAACUGAUUGUCCCUUUCACUGAAAGACCUUGUCAUUGGCAGGCUGCGACUCCCCUAAAUUGUAGUGCAGCACAGGAAAGCACGGGCAUGGAUCGGCCCAAGCCCUCCGACUCUUGGCACCGGGACAGCAGGACACGUCGCUUCCUCCACCUUCACGGCAAUGCUGUCACACUGAGUGAAAGCAAAAGAACUGAGCAAGGGAGAACAUAAGCAUUUCCCAGCGCUGGAUUCUCCCUCCCUGCUCUGCAUCAGGCAGGAGGUAGCUCCUGGACUCGCUGUUGCUUCCUCACGCUCUGGCUGGCAGCUCGUUCUUGAGCAAAACAGUCCAGUUCCCCUCUUGUAUGGGUUUUGUGUAUUGAAUGGGGACAGAAAAGCAGAGAAACUGGGGACACCUGAUUUGCCCAGGCACCCUGCAGGGCCUUUGCUCUUCCUGGAACCUGCCAGUGUUUCAAUAGCCUUAUGAUUCACAGUUGCCUCUUUGCUAUACGCACAUGUGCACAAGUAUAUUAAACAGUUAAUCCAAAGGUCUAA